UUAGGAGAAGAAGUCAAAUCGAAUUGUUUAUCAUCCAUCAUGAAAUUACCAGAAUGCCGACCAGUUUUGGUUGCUUAUGGCAUACGAUGAUCGUGGAGGAGAGCGGAAGGAAGAAGGGGAAAGAAGACCUCCGAGCCGUCAUCUUGGAAUCUGGGAGCAGCCAAACGCCAGGCGGAUAGACUAAGCUCGUCUUGACUUUUUGUCGUCAUAGAUCUGAGAGAAGAGUGUCUCUGACAAAACCUUCACAUAAGAGCGCAGGGGCAUGUUUGUGAUCGACACAGGCAAUUAGAGAGAGAAAUGGUAACCAGAGGUGCUCUCUCCAUCGAUGGCUUUGCGUUGGUGGUUUCGGUCCUCGUGGCAGUUCCAACAGAUACCAAUCUUCCAGUCAACUCCACUUCAGGAGAGCAAUCAAUCGGUGUCUGCUAUGGGAUGCUUGGAGACAACCUCCCUCCGCCCAGCGAGGUGGUAAGUCUCUACAGAUCAAACAACAUCGGGAGGAUGAGGCUUUACAGUCCAAACCAAGCUGCUCUGCAAGCUCUCAGGAACUCCAACAUCCAGGUCCUCAUGGGCGUUCCCAAUGAAGACCUCCAAUCGCUGGCCUCCGAUCCUUCUACGGCAAGUGAUUGGGUCCAGAGCAACGUAGUCGCCAACUGGCCCAGCGUCACCUUCCGAUACAUAGCAGUGGGGAACGAGGUGAUCCCGGGAGAUCUGGCACGCUACUAUGUCCUUCCUGCCAUGCGCAACAUCCAGAGCGCACUCUCCUCGGUUGGCCUGCAGGACCAGAUCAAAGUCUCGACCGCAGUCAGCACAGGUGUCCUUGGAUCAUCUUAUCCUCCCUCCGCCGGCGCCUUCUCUUCUGCUGCGAAGACGUACCUGAGUCCCAUACUGCAGUUCCUGGCGAGCAAUGCAGCUCCACUCUUCGUCAACGUGUAUCCUUACUUCACCUACGCAGAUAACCCGAGCGAGGUCUCACUUUCCUCUGCCUUGUUCACUGCUCCCGGUGUUGUAGUGCAGGACGGGCAGUUCGGCUACCGGAACCUCUUCGAUGCGAUCGUCGACGCAGUCCAUGCAGCUAUAGAGGUGGAAGGGUCGGAUGUGGCGAUCGUCGUGUCUGAGAGCGGCUGGCCGUCGGCAGGUGGAACUGCAGCAUCUGACAGUAAUGCGAAGACGUACAACCAGAAUUUGAUCAGGCAUGUUGGAGGAGGAACGCCGAGGAGAUCGGGAAGGGCGAUAGAGACUUACUUAUAUGAGAUGUUUGAUGAGAACCAGAAAGCUUCAGGGAUUGAACAGAAGUUUGGCAUGUUUCAUCCCAAUAAGCAACCUGUUUACCCUAUUAGCUUCAGCUAAAUCUAUGCCGAGGUUGAUGAA